AGUUUACAUAUACACAUACUCAUGCUGCAGUUGUUUUGUAUUUGUUUUACAAUCGAUCAUGGUACCAAAAUCCAUCUAAGUAUUUAAUUUUUUAAAUUUAUUAAUAAUUGUGAUGGCGGAAUCCAAUCAGAAUGUAUGUUUAACGUUGCCUAAAAAUAUAACAAAGCAAAUUAGUACAUGCAAAAACAGUGAACAAUAUAUCAUAAACUUUUUGCAAAACACAUUGCCAUCAAAUGACAGUAAUUCAAUUGCUGAUGAAUUAAGAAAGUCAUUUAUACUCAGUAAACAUAAAAAUAAUUGGAACAGAAAGAAAAGAUGUAAAGGGAAAUUAUUAACAAGUAGAAAACGAAUGCAACUUGGUUUGCGUAAAAUUGGUUAUAAGGAUGGCAUGAAAUAUAAUGAUUUAUUGCCAUUAAAUCAAUUGUGGCUAAACUAUAUGCAACAAAUGUUAGGUGACAAGUUUUUUAGUAAUGUACCAAAAGAUCCUACUGAUUCUAAUUGGGAAACCGUUAAUCAACAAUUAAUUAAAGCAGAUUUCCAUGGUGCUGAAAUAUCAGUUGUAGGAUCAAAAUGUCCUAGUUUAAUCGGGUUACAUGGAAUAGUUAUUCAAGAUAGUAAAAAUACUUUCAGAAUUUGUGGAAAAGAUAACAUUAUUCGAACUAUACCUAAGGAUGUUAUUAUUAUGAAUAUUUAUUUAAAACAAAUAAAACUGGAAUUAUUUGGAAAAGAUAUUUCCAUUAAACCUGCAGACCGUACAAUAAAAAAAUUGAAGAGUGGUCGUAUAUAUGAAUUGUAAAGAUAUGUAUUAUGUGUAAUGUGUGCAUGUGUAAAACAUACAAACACAAAAUUGUGUACAAAUACUAUGUAAUUUAUGUGAAAUCAAUUACAAUUUAUAAAAUUAUUAAGAAGUAAA